UACCAGAAGAAAUCCUGAUCUUACAACGAACAAGAUUUUAGAAGCAAUUGUUGCAAUCUAGAGCUUCUAGCAAUCUAGAGAGGUAGGUAGGUAGGUAAAGAAGAAUCUUAGCUUAAACGUACUAACUAAAACCAUACUAAGAAAAGUUGACCAAAAUGUUACGAAACAUGGUGAAUGUUGAACAGUACAUAUUCAGGGAAUAUACAGAUAUGUAUGUAUAUCAGCCGUUCGAUGAUUCAAGAGUCGAAGUCAGGGGGCAAUUAUAAGUAACUGUCUGAUUAAAGGAGAAAGGUUGCAUAGGUAUUGGGCGGUUUUAGGAAAGUUGAAAAGAGACAAAACGAUAAGAAAUAAGACAAGGUCGUGCUUUCCAUUGAAAGCAAAUAACGCCAAGGUUAGAUCGUUAUCGAGCAGAGGAACGAUUUAAUAUCGGAGAAUUCGCUCGCUCGAGGGAAAAUGAGAGACAACGGAGACGGGACCGGAGGUAACGGCAAUGGGAUUUAUCGAAGGCCGGAGAUUUCGAUCAAGGUGACCGAUUGCCCGGAGCCAACGAGCCUCGUUCAGCCUCACGCUUCACGUUUCAUGCCUCCGGCAUAUUCAGUGCUCGUCAUUCGGUCGUGUUCGAUCGAUUUUUACUCGAUGAUGAUCCUGUCUCUCGAACAGAGAAACGAGGAACGAGACAAAAGAUUACUCGGUGCAUUACCGGUGUCGGACCCCGGUUAACCCUUUACACUUUAUACCGCGAAAUAAGCAAGUGUGUUAAAGAGGGGGGUUUCUUUUUUCGUAAUUUGUGGUAGCGGCACGAUAUCAUUCGAACAAAUACAAUAUACCGUUAUGCCUACCGUAUUAUGGUGUAUAAUCGCAUCCAUGAUUAUGAAAGAGACGUUGAUGGAAAAAGUGUUUUCAUUGUUCGACCGCAAUCAGGAUAAAAUAUUGACGCAGGAUGAGUGGAUCGAAUUCUUGAAGGGAAGAUUGAAAAAUGACAAACCAAACGAUCUUAUUAUCCAGCUCGAGAACGUCGCAUACAGCAUAUGUGGCGAUAAUCCAGUAACUUUUCCGAAAUUUCAGCAGAUAUUUUCUACUAAAGAGAUCGUAGAUAAAUUAUUUCGACGGAUUGACGAAGAAAACUUGGGAUAUGUAACAUCGUUUCAAAUCAUGGAAUUCCUCUCGACCAUUAGCAAUACAAGACCACUCGCCGGCUUCGACAAGCGCAGUUUGGAAUGGCUGGAGAAACUUUUUAAACAGACGGUGGGCAAUGAAAAGGAAAUUAGGCGCGAAGAAUUUAACAAAAUCGUCACUUCGAAGAACCCGUUUUUCACCGACCGGGUGUUCCAAAUUUUCGACAAGGAUAAUUCUGGAACGAUAUCGCUUCAAGAGUUCCUCGAUGCGAUGCAUCAGUUCGCUGGAAAGAGUCCCGACGAUAAGAUAAAAUUUCUCUUCAAAGUUUACGACAUAGAUGGUGACGGAUUAAUACAACUUCGUGAAUUGGAACACGUGAUGAGAGCCUGUAUGGAAGAAAAUGGUAUACAAUUUAACGAAGAACAAAUUGAGGAAUUAACUGUGGCCCUGUUUGAUGAUGCUGAUCGAGCUAACCGAGGUGCCAUCACCUUUGAAGCCUUAAAAAAACAAUUGGAGAAGCACGAAGGCUUAUUAGAAAAUUUAUCGAUUAGUAUCGACCGAUGGCUGGUACCGCCAAAGCCCGAAACGAAGCGAAAAUCACGAUUACAAUUUCUCACCACUUCAUUGCGCCCUUAUCAGUUAACGAAGCCAUAUAUGAAAAACAAUUACGUUUACAUCGUUUUCAUCUCGAUCUUCGUCUUAAUCAAUGUGGCCUUAUUCCUAACAAGACUCUACGAAUAUAGAACGUCUAAUGGCUACGUUAUGGUUGCGCGUGCCUGUGGUCAGUGUUUAAACUUCAACUGCAGUUUCAUCCUGGUUCUUAUGUUGCGUCAGUGUAUUACCUUCCUACGAACUCAUGGCUUUAAUUCUGUACUACCAUUAGAUCAACAUAUCUAUCUUCACAAAGUGACUGGAGCUCUAAUUGGUAUCUUCGGCGUACUACACACGGUGAUGCACCUUCUUAAUUUUGGCACUAUCGUGGUGUAUGACGAGGCUUUUAACUACAAUAACUAUACAAUGUAUGAGUGGCUAUUAACAAGUCGGCCAGCUCUAUUUGGGCUCAUAGGAGGUUAUGCAAACCCUACUGGAGUCGUCCUUAUCGUUCUUCUUGUCGUAAUAACGAUGUGCUCCAUGCCGUUUGUUCGACGCGGUGGAUGUUUCGAGAUAUUUUAUUGGUCACACUUAUUAUACAUACCAUUCUGGAUUUUGACGAUACUACAUGGACCGAAUUUCUGGAAAUGGUUCAUAGGACCAGGUACCAUAUACAUGCUGGAAAGGAUACGUCGAAUUGCCUGGUCUCGUUCACAAUUGGGAAAAACGUACAUAAGCUCAGGCCUUCUGCUACCAUCGAGAGUGACGCAUUUAGUCAUCAAGAGACCUCCACAUUUCGUCUUCCAUCCCGGCGAUUAUGUUUUCGUCAACGUUCCAGUUAUAGCUCGUUACGAAUGGCAUCCUUUCACUAUUAGCAGCGCUCCAGAACAAGAAGAUUACAUAUGGCUUCACAUACGAGCAGUAGGUGAAUGGACGAAUAGUCUUUACUCGUACUUUGAGAAAGAGCAGAUAAAACUUCAAAGAAACAAUACAUUUCCUGUUGAGAGUCGCAGCAGCACCAGCGAUGCUCCUAAGCAAAUAUAUCUUAACGAAAAACAACAACCAAAUGCCAAUGACAAGAUACUCUGUACCAAUACGAGAAACGGAAAUCAUCGUUGUUUCGACAAUUCUGUGUUUGUUCCUGACAGUGAAAAAAUAAUACACUCGCCACAAUCUGCAAGCGGCACAGCAGAUAACAACACGUUGUCGAACAAGCGGCAACUUCGUCAUUCGCUGUUUAGUAGCAGGAUCCCUUUGGAAAAGUCUAUUUCGGUACCUAACAUGCUGCCAGGAAGGAAGAAAAGUGAAAGAUUAGCUGUACUUCGCGAUUACACAAGAUCAGAAUCGGAAAGAAACUUCAACGACCGUGAAAUACGCCAUAAGCGUUUAAAAUCUCUAGACCAGGCCUAUUCCAGCCCGCAGAAUAAAGGAUUAGCACAAAGUUUCCGGUACAUGCGAAAUAAACCCACAAUAAUUGCUUUCAAGACUCCAAGUUUGGAAAACUACGAAUUAGAAUCAACAACAUCCGCGAACGGAUACGUAAUGCCGCGAACAACCGUGGACGAAUACGGGAGAAAAUCAUGGAAUAAUUCAAUAAUAAAUACGAUGCAAGCAGCAGCAGAGGAAGGUAGACUACAAAUGAAAUUCGAAGAAACUUCGAAAAGAGAUUACGAUGAUAUCAAAUCUGACGAUCCUUCGGAUGUAACACUAAACUAUACCGUCGGGAAACCAUUGGAGAUUUUUCUGGAUGGACCAUACGGAGCUCCUUCGAGUCACAUAUUUCAGGCCCAACAUGCGGUUUUAAUCGCAACGGGAAUCGGAGUAACACCUUUCGCUUCGAUAUUACAGUCCAUCAUGCAUCGUUACUGGAAAGCCAGGCACACUUGUCCAAAAUGUAAAUUCUCCUGGGCCAGUGAAAUACCUGCCACCGUGAUGCAUCUUCGUAAGGUAGACUUUUUCUGGAUCAAUAGAGAUCAACGAUCCUUUGAAUGGUUCGUGAAUUUAUUAUCGCAACUAGAAAUGGAACAAGCAGAGUUAGGCAUCGCUAUGGAGCGGUUUCUUGAAAUGCACAUGUACAUUACCAGUGCUUUGCAGAAGAACGAUAUGAAAGCCGUUACCUUGCAGCUAGCUAUGGACUUGCUUCACCAAAUGGAAAAACGGGAUCUUAUAACAGGUUUAAAAACACGGACGAAUGCUGGCCGACCGAACUGGGAUAAAGUAUUCAAGCAGCUUCAGGAUCAGAAGAAAGGCAAAGUGACAGUCUUUUACUGUGGUCCGCCGCAACUGGCAAGAAUUUUACGUUACAAGUGCGACCAAUUCGGUUUUAUCUUUAGAAAAGAGUCAUUUUAAGCUUUUUACGAAGAGAAACCAUACCAUAAUGUUUAUUUAUUUAUUACAUCGUACUGUUGCCAGAUAUGUUUAUAAAAUCUCCAUUCAUCAUCUAUUAUGUUUUAAAAGUAAUGGCAUACACCUUAACUAAAUGUUCCAUUAUAUAGUGAAUGUUAUCUAAUUUUGUUUCGUCUAGAAUCAGUAUAAUCUUUUCAGUAAUGUCAUCCAAAUGCAAAAUUUUUACUUCAUGUUGUUCAUAAUUCUGGCUGUUUCGUGCAUCAACCAAAUUGUUAUUAAUACAAGGAGAAAAUUUAUUUGUCGUUCUGUCAUAAUCGGAAAAUUUGUCAAAAUGCGACUACAGGGCCAACUAACGAUCCUCAAAUUACUUUUUUUCCAAUUUGCAAUCAGAAUUGCGAAUCAUAUUUGGCUAAUUUCAAAUGUGUAACAACUUCGUGUGUCAUACGAUGUCCGUAUGUAUACUCUGUCCGACGAGACGAGGCAGUAAACGUAAUCGAAUUUUCUUUACUAUAUGGUCUAGUUAAUAUAUAUAUCAGUCUGCUUAUUCUGCACAACAUUUUAUUUGUUAUUAGAAGUAAGAAACAAUAAAGGAAAUUAAACUCGAAAAUUAAAUUAAUUUAUUAAAUAUAAAUAUGUGAAAAUAACUAAAAAUUAAUGACGAAAACGGUUAAUUCGAAAUCACGUUAAAACCGUCCAAGUUAAUUAAAAGAAAUGAAACAAGCGCUCUACAAGAGUAUAUGGAACAGUAGAUGGUGAUUUGUGACAAUUAAUUGUAGGAUUUAACAUGUGCAUCGGCGGCGAUUUGACAACCUAGGAAUGUAAGACAAUUACGGCUGUGCUAUUGAAUACAGAUAGUAAAUUACAGUAAAAACCUAUUCAUGAAGCACAAUUGUAAACAUAGAUUGCAAACAAAGAUAAUACGUGAG